AUGACAUUGCAGCUGCUGUUCUGGGAGGAUUUUUUCAGCGUGGAGAGCGCGCGGAAUCUCAAGGACCAGCUCGCUGUGCUGUUCUCCGCCAUGAGCCAGAAGCAGGACUGCCUGGCAAUGCCGCUGCCGGAGAUACCAGCCAUGAGCCAGAAGCAGUACGCUGAGAUGUCCGAGUGGAGCGAUAAGACGGACUACAGUAAGUUCAAGCCUGGGCAGAUACACGUCUUGUUCGCCGAGCAAACCAAGCAGAGGCCCGACGACAGGGCUCUUGUGGACUGCUUGGAGGACGGCACCGCUGUGGAGUACUCCUACAGGGAAUUCCACUCCAUGUGCAAGGACUUGUGCAGCGUGCUGACGGAUGAGUUCGGCGUCGGAUUCGAUCAAAUGGUGCCACUCCUCUUCGAGCGCGGCGUUUUCAUGCUCGUGGCGAUCUACGGCGUGCUGAUGGCUGGCGGCGCGUAUGUUCCGCUCGAGCCGCACUACCCCAGCGGGAGGAUCCUCGGGAUCCUGCAGCAGGUGCAGCCCAAGGCAGUGGUGACGGUGGAGAAGCUUCUCGACAAAAUAACGCCAGAAGCUCUCAAAGCUGGCGCCCUGUCGUGGGCCGUGGUGCAGCUGAGCGCAGUGAAUCGCAGCAGAGGCAGAACGAUCAUCGCGCACAAGGAGCUCCUGGAGAUCCGCACCGUUCCCUCGCGUCUGCCGCGCAACGGGGCCGCAGAGGGCACGAAGGAGACGCGGGCGCGGCAGGAGGCGGGCGAGGGGAUCGUGUACGUGUUCUUCACCAGCGGCUCGACCGGGACACCGAAGGGCGUCCAGGUUGAGCAUGCGGGACUGCGGCACCGCGUGGAGUGGAUGCAGGAGCAGUACGGUCUGGGACCAGGGCAGGCGACGAUCCUGAAGCACGCCUACACCUUCGGCAUCUCGGAGUGGGAGAUGUUCUGGCCACUCGCGGUGGGUGGCACGCUUGUGAUUCCGAAGCCCGGCGGCGAGAAGGACCCAGAGUACAUCUUCGGCCUGUGCGAGAAGUACCCCGUCACCGUGAUGUACAUGGUCCCCUCCAUGCUGAACAUGCUGCUGGACUAUAUUCAGGCGGAGGAAAAGAGCCCAGUGGAUGCGGGCUUCUCGCUGCGGCAGAUCAUCACCUGCGGUGAGCCGCUGACCGAGGAGACGAUCCAACAGCAUUUCCAGAUGAUAAACGAGGCGGAGCUGGACAACCUGUAUGGGCCCACGGAGGGCUCUAUGACGGUUUGGCGUUGCCCUCGUGGACAGAAGAUUCCACAGGUGCCUAUCGGCACACCCAUCGGUGGUAUCCGCGUUUACACCCUGGACACCAUCGCGCAGAGGCUUAGCGAGGUUAACGUGCCUGGCGAGAUUUACUUCGCGGGCAAAUUUAUCGCGCGCGGAUAUCUCGGAAGUAGAGAACAGACGGACAGAGUCUUCGUCGACGACUCCGUGAUGGCUUCGAAGUUCCCUGGCGAACGCAUGUACCGCACCGGCGACCUUGCCUGCUGGAAGCCGAGCGGGCAGUUGCAGUUCCUAGGACGUGCGGACACUCAGAUCAAGCUGCGCGGCUUCCGCAUCGAGCUCGGGGAAAUCGAGGCUGUGAUCCGCGGCGGCGCUGGCGUCAAGAACGCAGUGGUGAUCCUCGCUGGGGACGGCGCAUCGAAAGUCCUGGCGGCCUACGUGGCGCCCGACAGCGUUGACUUGGACGCGCUGCGUGCCUUGUGCUCCCGCCAGCUGGCGCACUACAUGGUGCCAUCUUCGUUCCAGAAGUUGGCGCGGUUGCCCGUGACGGACAGGGGCAAACUCGACAAGAAGGCGCUCCCGCCCGCGCGUAUAGACGCGCAGGCUGCCACAGGCGGCGGCGUUGGAGGAGUUGUGCCUCCGCGUGAUAUCUACGAGGCGACUAUCGUGUUCGCCUUUGCGGAGGUGCUCAAGCUGGAGGAGUCGCUCAUAGGCAUUGAGACGGACUUCGUGUCGAUUGGCGGGAACUCUGUAUUGGCUGGGAAGGUCACUUCGAAGCUGCGGAAAGACCUCAAGUUGCCGCUGCCAGGCACCGCGCUGUACAAGAAUCCCACGCCGUCGCAGCUAGCGAUGCUGUGCAAGCAGCUGAAGGACGCCCAGGGGCCGGACUCGGAGUCGGCCGGGGAGGGCCAGAGCGGCGACUGCGAAGACAGGGCAAUGGAGGAGCAGGACCCUGGCAAGCGCUGGGGUGGCCUCUCCGCCACUCGUCCGGUCGCCAUCCUGAUGACCGCCUUGCUGCCUGUAGUGGAGUUGCUCCGCGACACGUCCAGCAUCCUCAGUUUUGUGGAGAUCUUGCUGUUCAAGCUGCUGGUCACAAGAUUUCACAUCGACAUCAGUGGCUGGAGGCUCUUCGCGGUGGUCGCUUUCAUGAACUUCGUCGUGACCCCUGCAAUGAUCAUCUUCGAUCUACUCGCAGGAGCAGUCUUCUGCAGCCCUUCGACAGGACUCAUACUGAAGCACGUUCUCAUAGGGAAGCUGCGGCCCGGCGCCCACCCCGUCUUCUCGGUGACCUACUUCAGGUGGCUCUACAGCCAAAAGGUGAUGCAGACCGUGGUGAAGGCCUUCCAGGCAUACUUCAUAGGCACCCCCGUCCUGAACAUGGUGUACCGCUGCUUCGGAGCGAGGAUCGGGCGCGGUGUUGUGAUUCUCACGCGCGAAGUCUUCUUGGAGCCCGAGCUCAUCACCAUCGAGGACGGUGCCCUCAUAGAUGACGAGGCCAAGAUCACCUGCUCGUCCAUCGGCGACGGCGUGCUGCUGCUGGACCGGACGCGGGUCGGCCGUGGAGCGCGGGCCCGUCCCUACUGCUCCGUCGGCCGAGGGGCGCACCUGCAAGCCGGCCACGAGUUGCUCUCCACCAGCUGCCUGGUGGGCUACGGCGGCCGCCGCGGUGAGGGCUUCGUCACUGGCGGUAAGCUGGCGAGGCUGAAGUGGGGCCAGGACCAGCCGCCGGCGCAGCAGCCCGUGCUGCGCACGCUGGUCGGGGUGCCACUGCUGUUCUUCAUCGACGCUCUCGCCAUGACGCCCGCCUACGUGCUUUGUCUGACGAUUGUCGACUGGGACUGGGUGCCUUACAUGCUCAUGCUGGCGAUCGUGGGGGAGCACCUUGAGCGCACUUCCCUUGUCGUCCUCACUGUGCUCUUCAAGUGGCUGCUGGUGGGGCGCGUGCGCCCCGGCUCGAAGGAGAGGCACGGCAGCUGGAGCCGCAUGUGCCACUGGGUGGUGGAGACCUUGCUCGAGCGCGACACUUUCAAGGAAGCGCUGGAGGGCUUCAUCAACACUGAGGUGCUAAGACUAGUCUUCGUGCUGCUCGGUGCCACGAUCGGCAGGCGCGCGAGCAUGGACAUGAUCUCAUGUCGCACUCCCGACCUGGUCAACAUCGGGGACUACAUGUUGUUCGGCUCGAAGGUGGGCAUCGUCUGCGACGACGAGUUCAGAUGGAAGGGAGUGCAGAUGUGCCGCGGCGCCAACGUCCUGGACAACUGUGUGCCUGGGGGGUGAGAAGGACGCGCAGAGUGACCCGCUACAUGUUUUUUUAUGGAUUCGGUUCACUUGCACGCACAGAUCCGAUGCCCUCGGCGAUUGCCAGAGUGCGACGGCGGCGUCAGACGGCGGCACCGACGUCCCGACCGGCUCCGAGUGGGAUGCCGAUGUGGGUGGGCCUGGGAGUGGAUGUGAGCGGAGCGGACGGGCGCUGCGGGGACGGGAAGUCCCACGGCCCAGUCGAGGAAGGAGCAGCCGGCCCCUGGGGCGCCUGUCGGUUUCGGUGUCCCCCAAGGGGCGACCGCUUCGUCAGGCAAGGCGAAUUCUUGACGCGUUCGACUCGUCUUCGCGCGGCCGCGUACCAAAAACGUAUCCCCACCAGCCCAUCCCAAAUCGACGCCCAGGCGAGUUGAGACGAGCAUGGAAGCGCAGGAGCAACGUCGGGUACAAUCGCACCCAAAGAGAGGAACGACACAAGGGG